CCACAACGCUCACACACUUCUCUGCUUGUUCCCCCAGGAUUCACUCGCAGAAUCUUGCUGGUGGGCAAGAUGGGGAGUGGGAAGAGUGCGACAGGGAACACCAUCCUUGGAGAGAACAAAUUUAAAUCUGGCUGUUCAUUCGACGAGGCAACCCAAGUGUCCGAAGUUCAGGAAGGCAGCUUUCGUGGUAGAAAAAUUCUUGUUAUCGACACUCCUGUUGUUUUUGACAGUAUGGAUAUCAGUAGAAGAACAGCAGAUAAGAUUAAGAAUGGUCUUAGAUGCAUGAAUGAAGGUGUCCAUGCCAUCAUCCUGGUGAUGCGGCUGGGUCAAAUCAGUAAAGAUGUAGAGCAAGUCAUUGAGUGGCUGUCCAGAAUUUUCCAUACUGAAGGAGAGAGGUAUACAAUCCUGUUAUUCACCCGAGCAGAUGAGCUGACGGAUCCAGGAGAUGUGAUAAAUUUUAUACAAGGUAGCUAAUUCCUCAGAGGUUUGGCAGCAAAGUACAGAAAUCGGUACAUCGCUUUCAACAACAAAGCCACAGGAGAGGCGAGGGAUCAGCAGGUUGCAGAGCUCAUCGACAUGAUAGAUGCCAUGGUAGAGGAGAAUGGUGAUGGUCCGUGUUACACACAAGAAAUGCAGGAUAAAGCCAUAGAAAACUUUUUUUCACAUUUUUAUUGUACCCAGUAAUCAGGGGUUUGGUCAAAGAGCAGACGUCUCAUUUGUUGUGGCAUUCCUGCUGCCUCUGCAGUGUGAUGCAGGUGUAGCAGUGUGCUCCUUCCUGCCCUCAGCAUUCUGCAAUGGACUGGCCUUAUGCCCAAGGCCUUGCUCAGAACUAAUAACACUAUCCUGCUAAAUACUAUGACUAUGAGCUAAUCAUCUCACAGCCCAUGACUCCCUUGAGCUCUAAUUCCGAGAAAAGAUUGCAAUUUUUUCCAAUAUGGAGAAGCUUGAGUGACUGUACUGAUGGGAUGGAUUAUGUGGAGUAUUUAUUGAGAGUAACCUACUGGGAUAUUUGCCUCUUAAAAGAAGAAUAGGAUUGAACGAACCUCCGAGGUGGAAUGAAGUGAAUAUGCAAAGAGUCUGUUCCAUGAUGGUCCGUCAAGCAGCAUUAAGACCUGCAAAAUGUAGAUUGUUAGCAGCACCAGAGGAGCUUUAUAGGCCAGGUACAAGAGGUCCAGCACAAAAGGUGGAGUGAGGUGUAAAACUCUGCAUCCCGGCUCUGUGACAGGAUUGCAGGGAUGGGAGCUUGGUGCUACCGUGGAACUGAGAAACGGCAUAGCAGUCAUCCCGAGCUGGCAGCUUCUCAAAUUUCUGUCACACAGUUGCAACAGAGAGAGCUAAGAUUAGUACCACUCCACCUGACAGUAAGGAAAUAGUAUAAGAAUAGCUCAACUGAGAAGGAAUUUUGGGGAAGAUACAAUUGCAGACAAGUUGGAAGAUCAACGCUGACUUCCAGGACCAGCUGAUGGGCUCAGCUC